AUGCUACUGACGCCUCUCAUUCCUAAGAUUUGUCGACAGUACUGUGAUACUUCCGCUGUGAAAAGUGACACUGGCAUGAACAUUGUUUUUCUUGUGGAGAAGGAUCAUCAUUUUUACAUUUCAUGGUCGUUUGAGUUGUACAAUGGCACCAUUUUCCCUAUGACAUAUGUGAAAUCGGUCCAAGUUUACGAAUACUCUAAGUAUGGGACAGAGAACUCGUAUACCCAGCGAUUGUUAAAAGAAACUACGGGGCCGGGUACUGUCCGCGCCGAGAUUGAUCUUUCGAAAGCUCUUUCUAAUUUAUGCGUGCUCUUUGUGUUAAAUGUAAAAUUUGAGGACAACUCAACUUGGCUUGAUAGCACCAAUGCAACGUGCAGUGACAUGCCAGCGCCCGAAAAUGUCCACCUGAGCUUUUUUCCUUUUGGUGUUGUUAUACAUUAUGAAUUACCAGUACUGGAAUAUCUGGAAGAGGAAGGAAAAGGUUGUGAGGUUCGUUUGUGUAAAACUCCAGAAUGGAGAGAAGAUGGUUGCAUAAAAAAACGACUAGAAGAGGGAAUUGCAUCAGCCUCAUUCACUGGUUUAGAAGUCAAUGCGACUAACUUCAUCAUAGCCGCAUGUUUUACGCCGGAAACGUACGGGGGAUCGUUGAUUAUGUUUACCACUCCAACACAAUCCAGGGAUGGAGCACCAGAAAAGGUUGUCGCAUAUGACACUGGCGUCGACGCGCUCUUGGAAGUUCGUGAAGACCACGACGUCACUCUCUCGUGGAAAUUUUCGGCAUUUGGCCACUCUUCUAUUCUACCUAUACAGUCGGUUGAUGUUUAUAUUUACGAAAAGCUGUACUCCGCCACUGAGUUCACGCCGAAAUUGUUGACGAGCCUUCAGUCGGAGACAGAAUUCGUUAUUGGGCCAACUCCACCACUGACUUCCGAUUCGGGAUGUCGUUAUUAUUCAAUAGUGGUGGAAUUUUCUGCCGGAUUGAAAUCGUUCUGGAAUACUAACGAAAUUUGCUAUGAUUUUCCUCCUCCAGUUGCACCCACAAACGUGACUGUAACGUUUGAUUCGCCUUCUUCUGUCAUUGUACAGUUCAAAUCUGAACUUGUACAUUGGAUUGUACAUGAACACAACGGCUGUGAGGUACACGUGUGUAAGUCACCAAGAUUCACAACAAAAUGCAUGAAAAGGUGGUUAAGUACUGAAAAAACCUCCGCUUCUUUUAGCAACUUGGAUUACGACACACGGUAUUAUGUGAGCGUUUUUUGCUUCACACGAAUUAUACGCACCGAACAUACUCCAUGGAUUAUGUUCGAAACUCCGAAACAAAAGGAAUUUUGGAUACCAAGAAAAUACGACAGAUAUGAUAGUGGUAUAGAUGUGUUUGUAAAUGUCGUGGAGGGAAUAACUUGGCAUAUCUCGUGGACGUUAACAUUCACGAAUCGCUCCACAUUUCCUGCAUCUCAUGUUAAUAUGGUUGAAGUACGUGUGUAUAAAAAGCCUUAUAAUGUCGACAAUUCCUUUAUGGCAAUUGCAGAUGGUUCAAGUGAUGGGAUUGUACUUGGUACUUCUCCAAUGUUUACCUUUGACAGUGACUGCUACAUUUAUUCAUUGAAUGUUAAGUUCAAAGAUGCUACAAAUAUACUUCAUAGCUCUGAGGAAGACUGCUACAACAAAUUUUCCACAGGAUUCUAUGUUUUCUACGCAAUUUUAACAAUUAUAGCCAUAGAAAUAGUAGUUGCUGCUUUCUGUUUUGUGAAUAGAAGAUGGAAUACAACAAGAUAA